UCGUACUUCGAUCAUGACUGAACCGACCGAUCUGCUGGCGCUGCUGCAGCGGCCACUCGAGCCCACCUUCCUGCCGAAGGACGACGGCAAAACGGUGAUCGACGUACCGGAGGAGUUCCUCACCGAUCGCUACCGGCCGAUCGGGGCCGAGCUGCAAUCACGUUUCACGAGCGACGCUGAGCAACGGAUUCCGGUGCGGAAUGUACCCUCGACACCGGACCUUUCGUUCGCGAACGGCAUCCAGAAGCGGGGCGCCUUUUCGCUGUUCAUCCCGAUGCACCGGGAUGCGGCCGCCGCGCUGAUUAACCUGUUCCUCGGCCAGCCGGACGUGCAGACACUGAUGAGCGUGGCCACGUACUGUCGCGACCGGCUAAACGCGGUCCUGUUCCAGUACGCACUGGCCGUAGCGAUCCAGCACCGGGAGGACACGAAGAACGUCAACAUUCCGUCGAUCGUGUCGCUCUUCCCGGAUCAGUUCGUCGAUCCCGCAGUCUUCCCGAAGCUGCGCGAAGAGGGUGCCGCGGUGCAGCAGGAGAACCGGAUGGUGAUCGACAUCCCACCGGCGUACACGGCGUCGGACCGCGAGGACGAGCAGCGGAUGGCGUACUUCCGCGAGGACAUCGGCGUCAACAUGCACCACUGGCACUGGCAUCUGGUGUACCCGGGCGAUGGGCCGCUUGAGGUGGUGCGCAAGGAUCGGCGGGGAGAGCUGUUCUUCUACAUGCACAGCCAGCUGAUCGCGCGCUACAACGCCGAGCGGUUCUGCGCCCGACUGAAGAAGGUCCGUCACUUGACGAACCUGCGCGAACCGGUCCCGGAGGCGUACUUCCCGAAGAUGGUGCGCAGCUCCAAUAGCCGCUCGUACCCGGCCCGUUCGGCCAACUCGGUGCUCCAGGACGUGGAUCGGGUCGACAACAACACGACGGUGGCUGUCGCGGAUCUGGAGCGGUGGCGCGAUCGUAUCCACGAGGCGAUCGACCAGGGUUUCGUCCUCGACACCCAAGGCAACCGGAUGCCGCUGGACGAGGAGCGCGGUAUCGACUUGCUGGGUGACAUCGUUGAGGCGUCGAUCCUUACGCCCAACCGCACGCUUUACGGUAGCCUACACAACAUGGGCCACAAUGUGAUCGCGUACAUUCACGACCCGGAUUACCGCUACCUGGAGGACUACGGUGUGAUGGGCGACGUGACGACGGCGAUGCGCGAUCCAAUCUUCUACCGCUGGCACGGCAUGAUCGACGGUCUGUUCCGGCGCCACAAGGAUAUGCUCACACCGUACACGGGCGCCCAGCUCGGGAACGAAGGAGUCUCGGUGACGUCGGUCGGUGUGCAGUUGACGCGGCCCAACACACCCGCCAACGUGCUGCUGACGUACUGGCAGCGCUCUCAGGUCGACCUGGCGGCCGGGCUCGACUUUGGGCCGCAGGGCAACGUGUUCGCGUCCUUCACGCACCUCCAGCACGCCCCGUUUUCGUUCCGCGUAGAGGUCAACAAUGCGUCGGGCGCUUCGAAGCAGGCCACGCUGCGCAUCUGGAUCGCCCCGAAGGUGGACGAGCGGGGCACUGCGCUACCGUUCCGCGAGCAGCGACAGUACUUCAUCGAGAUGGACACGGCGACCGUCACACUCAAUCCGGGCAUGAACACGAUCGUCCGCCGUUCGGACGACUCGAGCGUUACGAUCCCUUAUGAGCGCACGUUCCGGGCGAUCGGCACCAAGGCGCAACCGGCCGCCCCCUCGCAGCUGGCCCAGUUCCGCUUCUGCGGAUGCGGCUGGCCAGCUCAUAUGCUGCUGCCGAAGGGUUCGCCCGAGGGCGUCCAGUUCGAUCUGUUCGCCAUGGUGUCGGACUACGCACAGGAUCAGGUCGUACAGGAUCUGGACCCGAACGCACCUUGCAACGAUGCGCACUCGUUCUGCGGGCUGCGGGACAAGAAGUACCCAGAUCGGCGGGCCAUGGGCUUCCCGUUCGAUCGCCGCACCGAGGACACGGUUAAGACUCUGAACGAUUUCGUCGCCCCGAACGGUAACAUGAAGGCGGCCACGAUUCAGGUGAAGUUCAACAAUACUGUCAUCGCGCGCACCUAAACCCGGAUCGCCGGUGGCGGA